AUGGAAGUGAAGGUGAUUGUAAAUGGACUUCCUCGAGUCAUCUGUGGGCUUACAAAAGAUACCACUUGCCAGGAUGUGGUCAUUGCUUUGGCUCAAGCUCUACGUCAGCCAGGACGCUACACAUUACGAGAGAAGUUCAAAGAUUUUGAACGGUGCAUGACUCCGAGCGAGCAUGUUUUGGAGACACUGGAGAGGUAUGGAGAGCUGGCUCGAGACGUCCAGCUAACUCUGAUCCACAACGGACCAGCGGGCUGUGAUCCAACGUGCCAUAGCAAAAUGGGAAAGUACCAACCAUUCCCUCCACUUAGAAGGAAAGACCCUGGCACUAGACUCCGACGGGGAAGCAGUUCUCUGAGUCUGCACCGACAAAGUUUACCUCCACUGGAUGAAAAGAAAGUUGAGGAUGUUAAAAGACCUAAAAGAAAAUCACUAACCAUCAUGGAGGAGGCUUGGGAAUGGCUGGAGAACCUUGGCAAGGGGAAAGUGUACAGGACAUCAAGUAAAAAAGAUAUUUGUAAGAAAAGUGAUAAAAUGAACCGGACAUCUUUAGAGGUUACCUUAUCAAUUUGCAAAGAUGGUACAGGACGGAACAGCAAGGCCAAAGUCAAGAAUGACAAAGUUAGAGCAGACUUGGACAAUCAAACAUCUUGCUGCAUAAAGACUCAACCCAAAGCAACGGCAACAGCAACAGCGUGCAGGUACUCAGAAACUACAAUGCAAGAGCUGACGAGUAUGGUGAUAGAGGAUGAGAAAAUUAGACUAAUUGAAAACAUAUUAGGUCAAAAAAGCAGUUUGGAAGACCUUAAAAUUCAAAUAGCAAAUGUGGACAGGCAGAUUUUUGAUUUAGAGGAACACCAAAGACUGAGAAAAACUGAGGAGGACGCUAAGCAGAGGGCUACAGAAGACGAACUGGAGCAAAUUCUGUUUUGGGAGAAUGAACUUAAAGCAGAAGUAGGCCAUGAGAAAGAUUUGCAAACACAGUUCUUGGAAAUCAAAGAGAGAGUGAUGGAGUGCAAGGCAAAAAUACAGACAACAAAUUUUGACACUCGACUAAGUCCAAAAACAAGUUGUGUAAAUGAUAUAGGAUCUGCAAAGGAGCUAAAUAAUGUUGGAGGUGUGUGUGGUCAUGUGGCUCCAAACAAGAAGUCCCAGUGCGGAGAAGAAGGCGGCCCCCUUCACGCUCUGGUUGCUCCGUCUCAGAUAAAGGAGAGGAGGCUCACAGGGCCCACAGAGCUGAGGGAGUGGUGGAAACACUGGUCACAAGCACAAAAUACUCAAAAUAAGAUCAUUCACCGAUCAGAGCUCACUAUCUAUCUGCGUAGUACCAAAGUGUAAUAAACAGUGAGGCAGCAAAAGGACUUUUUUAUAACCUGGUAGUAAUAAUCCAUGCACUUGUUUCUGUCAGAGUUUAUUCUAUGAUCCAAACAUUUCCUUUUUUUUUUAGAAACCUUAUGAAGGAGGGACACAAGACCAUUUGUUGUGACUUUGGGCAAGACACUUCUCUCACAUAGCUUAUGUAUGAGUGUGACCUGUAAGUGGUUCAUUAGUCAUUGGAGGGCCUCAUGUCAGUCCCAGGGCAGCUGUGACAUAUCUUACCAUUACCGUGGGAGGGAUGAAGAAAUAUUAACUGAAGUGUAGCACCGUAAGAGCUUUGUCAAGCUUGUAAAGCUCAGCCAAAGUAAGACAUUGUUAUUGAGUGGAAUCUGAUGUGUAUUAUACAUUCAACACAUUAAUAAAUGCUAUGGAAUGAGAUUUUUAUUUUAAUUUAUUAGUUUUGAUAGAGAUUUUUGUCAUUUUGUGUGGUACAUACUAGCCUCUUCUUAUACAAUGAAAAAGUUCCCAAAGUAUCAUUCUGGAUCAAUUUAAUGUUCUUCAUCAAGAACACACUUUUAAAAUUGAGAGACAUUUAUGUGCUGGCAUCCACACACAUUUAACUCACACAGGGUCACUUUGGACCAUCCUUUCCAGACUUGCAUUGAGUGCCCUCACCUAUAAGCACAAGAGGUGACAGCACUCACCACAGUGAUGUCCCAUCAGUAGGUUUGAAAUGAGCGCCCACAUAGGUUAAAUUCACUUAAGCGCAUUCAAACAUUUAAAUAUGAUUAUUUCGCUCAUUCUAAUUUCUAUAUUAUGUGGGCACUUUCGACUCUUUUCACAAAUUGUUGUUUACGCUGUAUUGUUUUUGGACAAAUGUCACAUAGCAAAUGGAGAGAGAAUAAGCCCUCCUUUUCUUUUUUUUUAUUAAUUAAUUAAAAUAGUAAUAUUGCUUUCUGAUGACAAUAGAAAACUGGAAGACUGCAAGAACCACCUCUCACCUGAUUGUUUUAAAGGCUUGCUCUCCAGGCUAUAACUUAUUGAUUUUGUAGGCUAUUUUAUUUGUAUGUGUUCAAAAAGAUACAAGCCAAAAUGAUUUUCAUAAAAUUUUAAUUAUUUCAUUCAAGACCAUUAACAAAAGUACAUUUGAACCAGUGUGUGGUUCAACAGAAAUCCGGUGUCUAAAAUCAAAUCUGUAAAUGAACGUGCAGAGGCACAUAGGCUAUAGCUCUCCAGCCUCAUCUUCCACAACCUGAAAGAAUCCUAUUCAGCUUUUGAUUUUAUUGUUCAUCUGUCCCCUUUGUUCCAUUGAAACUUUGUUGCUUUGUUAUCUUAAAGUUUCACUAAGAAAAAGCACACAUUACAUACAGUAUAUUUCAACCCACAGGUUCAGGAUGCAUAUCGGUUUUAUUUCUACUAGAAAAAAAGCCAACCGACGAUUGUUCAAUAUUUUUGUGGAUGGCUGAAAACAUAAGAUACAUCUAAUUUGUUUUUUGUUUUUUUUUGUUUUUUACUGUUUUGCUUUAGGCACCUUAAUCUUAUUCAAUUCAAUAUUAGCAAAUUGAAU